UGCCUCUGGCAGCCUUUAACCUGGGUAAGGUCCGCCCUUACCAGAGGGGCUUUUUCUGUAGCGAUGACAGCAUCAAGUACCCUUUCCACCCCAGCACAGUCACGUCCACGGUGCUGUACACUGUGGGCUUCGCGCUGCCCAUUAGCUGCGUAAGUAGGACGUGCUCCCAUGACCUCGCUCAUGGAAAAUAUGUUGACGCGCCCACUGGGUCAUAUUGUUUCAGACUAGUCACGCACAUUUAGAUCUCUGCCACUGUCACAGGAGUUUGCUUUGAGAGAGAUCUGACAUUUGAAUAAUCAGGACCUUGUUUGGUAAGUGUGCUACUGUCACAUAGCCCAGUUCCACCCGGAGUGAUGAGAACUUUUAAUCCUAUUACUGAUCCUAAACCUUGGCUGUGUCAAUAAAUAAGCUUAUCACGUGUUUAUAAGUUGGUAUGAUGAUGCAAGGUCAGUCUUCCUCUGAACCAGGGCUGGGUAAUUACAUUUCCUAAGGGGCCAGGUUAUAUAUUGUGGCUGUUGAAAGGGGCCAUCAAACCCAAAGACAGGAGGGUAAGAGAAAAUUUUAAAUAAAAAUGUGAUCACAUGAAAUUGCACUUUAAAAAAAUGCACAUAAAAUGUGUUUUAUUUCAUUUCAACCACAUUCCAUUUAUAGAUUCUGGAUCUGUCUCAUAUGUUUCAAAAUCUACUUUCAAUUCUGAUGUAUUUUAAGGGACAAUAAAAUAGCCAACGGAAAAAACUUUUGUACUUAAGGAAUCAUUUUAGUCAGCGAGAAAUUCCUUACUGCAGGAGGAGCUAAGGGGUUUGUAAUAUACCAAUCCUGAUUCUGCUCAAAGUGUUUCUGCAAUUCUCACCAAAAUACUGAGUGAGAAAAUAAUGUGGAAUUUAAGUGUGAUCAUGUUCCAUUGGUGGUAACUGGGCUGUUGACAGUAGUUUUAUUUAUUUGGUUCAGUAGUGUAGAGCAAAGAAGGAGGAUGUCCACUGUUAAAUAGCAUUGAAAUGGGCUUCUGGAAGUAAACUAGGACCUAAAAUGUUCAUCCGUCAUCAGUCCGUUCAGUCAAUGAAGAAGGGAAGAACUGUGAAUCUGCAACUGUUAGGGUUGUUUGGUGCAUCUGCUUCCUUAAAUCGAGUUUGUCAAAGCACAGGUGGGAGGAAAAGUGAUGUGGUCUGUUGUGUGGUUGACGUAUGCGGCUCAGAUGAUCGUUUCCUUUGAAUGUGACCCCUAACAACUUCUGUUUGAAAACAGCGAAUGCUGAGAGCGACUCCGCGUUGGGCCCAGUAUCCGGAGGAAGCGGAGCUCUUCUGUUGCAUGUGGAGGAGAGGACUGUUGUUCUGUCUCUGACUUUAACUCAACUUUCAACCCAGACAGUCAACAACUAACCACUUCCAUUCAGGAAUGCGUCGCGUCAUGUGCCACUCAUUCCUGCACAGGCGGUGUUGCAUCAUGGCUGUCCUGAACACAGGCAGCCAGCCUUACAAGCCACUAACCUGUGUUUUGCUUCUCUGUGUUCUCCUUGCCUCUCUGCUAGCUGGACUGCCGUUCGCAAUACUCAAUGUGCGGCACAAACCUUUCCGCCGGGGCUUUUUCUGUAAUGACGAUACAAUCAAGUACCCGGUGAAGGAAGAGACCAUUUCCUAUCAGUUGUUAGGGGGCAUAAUGAUUCCUCUCACAAUUCUUGUUAUGGUCGUCGGCGAGUGCCUGUCCGUUUAUCUGAAGCGCCUCUCGUCCAAGUCGUCCUUCGGGAGCUACCUGGCCUGCGUCUACAAGGCGGUGGGCACCUUCCUCUUCGGCGCCGCCAUGAGCCAGUCGCUCACGGACAUCGCCAAGUACUCCAUCGGACGACUGCGGCCUCACUUCCUGGACAUCUGCAAACCCGACUGGAAGCUCAUCAACUGCACGGCCGGCGCUUACGUGGAAGAUUUCGUCUGCACCGGUGACCCCACCAAGGUCAACGAGGGCAGGCUCUCCUUCUACUCCGGACACUCGUCCUUCUCCAUGUACUGCAUGCUGUUCCUGGCGCUGUACCUGCAGGCUCGGCUGCAGGCCCAGUGGGCCCGGCUGCUGAGGCCCAUGCUGCAGUUCUUCCUCAUCGCUGCCUCCAUCUACACCGGACUGUCCCGGGUGUCUGACUACAAACACCAUUGGAGUGACGUGCUGACUGGGCUCCUGCAGGGCGCCGUCAUGGCCCUGCUUGUGGUCUUUUUCGUCUCCGAUUUCUUUGAGCGUCCGCAGGGAAGGAAAGAGGAAGACAUUCCGCACACAACGCUCCAGGAAACGCCGACAAACGGACACAACUUUGAGAGUCCCAACUAAGAACUCUUUCACCUCUUGCCUGCCCGUCCCGCAAUAUCUGCAUGCAUCUGCAGCGGUGUGGACUUUAGCUUUCUGAAGACGUAUUUAUGAUGUGAAGCUGCUCUCUAGCUCCCACCAGGUGGAUCUACAGGGUCUGGGUUGGACCGCAUGCUCCCACUAAAGAGGGUCCAGCCACUGCUGAGGGGAAACCUGUGAAUGUAACUUCUGCUUUUACUCCGGGAUCCGAUUCAGGAUCAGUUGACCACUCGCUUCUACGAUCCGAUCCUGGAUCACUUGAACAUGUUUAAUCCGAGUCCGUGUUGCCUUGGCUGAACUGCUACCACUGAUCAAAACAAGAGACCACAAACCUUCUGUGUCAUCCGUAUGUCCAGUGAACCACACAGCUGUUUAUUGCAAAAGAAUUAUGUACAAAAUGUGUAAAACAAGGAAAAUAAAGCCAUUUCACUGAACACAUGAUCAGCUCUACUGCGCAGCUCUGGUGUUUCCACUGGACCAGUUAGAGGUAAAGACUGGCAGCAAAGACGAUGUCCCUCUUGAUCUUUGUGAUUCCUGCACACAGGAACAGCACACGCUUCAGUGUUGGGUCUCACUUUCUCAAUCUGUUCUUUAAAAUCUCAUUUCAUCUUUGUUUUCACUCACAAACUUACAAUUUCCCACAUUGAAGAAUGCAAUGUUGACAUCAUUAGUUCGCCACAGAUCGACAUUGUAACUCCAGUUGCCUGAAAUAAUUCCCUGCCAGCCUCCUCUUCAGCCCAGAUCCACCAUCCUCUCUAGUCCGACACACAAAACAGAACCUGUCUCUCCUCUCCAUCUAUUCAAGUCAUCUGCACCAAGCCUCCACUUUCACACAAGCAGCGACUCUGACAGUCGGUGACCCUGCCUGCACUCUCCUCUUAAACUUCAUCUCAACCUGGCUAACAUAAAUGUGACUGACAUACAUCUACAGUAUGAUGCAUGGAACUUGAGAGAAUCAGAAGCGGAGGAGCUUGUUUACUUAUUUAAGGUUGUUAUUCCUCUCUCUGCCGAUGUUUUCCUUCUUCCUUACUUCCUGUCCUUACAAUUAUGUGCUCGACUAUUAUCCGAGUGGAACAUUUUCACUCAGCUACACAGACUGACUCACAACCUCCCUGUUCCAACUGGACUGGUUCAUUAUAGCGAUAAUGCAAUCCGCUAAUCUGGGCCUGAAUAUGAAUCAAGAUAAUCUGUUUUUGUUUUUAGACAGAUUAUCCUACUUCUCUCAGACGCUGAUAAUUGCAGCGUCAGCCGGGAUCCAACCCCAACACGGCUUGUUUGUCUUCCAGCAUCGAAAAUACACACUGCAGCAUCGGCACUCAAAUAUUUGUCCAGUAAAUAAUGAGGAAAUUGAAUGAGAUCCAGGCGGUUUAUGACAGAAACAUGAAUGUAUGAACUCACCUUCAGCGAACUUGUUCUCCAGCUCAGUGUUGCCGAUGGCUUUGGCUGCCGAGCACAUCUGCCGCAGCACUUCCUCCAGACGCCGCAUGCAGCGGAUGAUGCUGCCUGCAGACGCACGCUGCGGUUAAUGGACCAGUCCCAAGAGUUCACUAGCAGUUCACUUACCAUGGAAGCCGAUCGCAGCUCUCACCAAAAACUUCUGUUAAAUUUGUCGAGCAUUUCGUGGCUUUCAAUUUUAUUUGGUGCAGAAUGGUUACCGUCACCAAGGAAGUUACGGUCAUGCCAGUACUUUCUGUCGGUCUCUCAGCGAGACACCUUAAAGAGUUCGGUUCAGACUUAAGCUGUGUCCCAUCUCUCCCCCUAACACGAGCACUGAACACUAGCACUUGGUUCUGAGUGCCCUCCACUAUGAAGCACCCACCGACGACCAAGUGAAGUGAUUGACGUCCCUAAGAAUUGGGACAACACUUCAUGACGCGUAAAGACACCGUGCCAUUGGCUGCUGUGCUGUGUUUUGUUUCCUGCAUAUCCAGUGUUGGAGACGUUUUGGAAAUGCCAGCUCCAACGUGUUUGCAACCUCUUGCAUCGGUGCUGAUCAUCUCACUUGGUUUGGUGAACCAACCAAGAAGCCGGCUUCAGAGCAGAGCCGACGUUAGCGUUAACGUUAGCCUGGAUGCUAGCCCACUGGUGUUUGUUCAGAAGAAAUAAAAACAUACUGUUGUACAUACAUGUUGUAUUGUUCAUGGUGUCGGACACGGUCGACCAUUUGGGUGACUAACGUGUGAUACCAGAGAAAGUCAACAAAUGGAAGAGCAGUCCUGGCUACUAAAAUGUCCUUGU